CUUGAACCUAUUUCCAUAUUUGAACCUAAUUGGCACCGCGGGGCUACUUCACUGCGGUCAGAAGCUGUUCUUGAACCCUCCACCGUCUCUCAAGUUCUUGUAUCAUUAUCAUCAUUUGGAAGUAAACUAAAUGGACGGCUGGAACAAACUUCAAUCGAGCUUUUCAGGCUUAAACCUGGGCCAGUCCGCCAACAAGUUUGCAAAGGGCUUCAAUUCCAGUGUUCAGGCAACCAGGGAGCGUUUAGGUCAGGUUGCCCCAGACGAAAUUACCGAGUUGCCUCAAGAGUACAAGGACUUGGAGGCUCGCGUAGACGCGUUGCGUCAAGCACACCUGGCACUUCUCAAAGUGACAAAGGCCUAUGAGAGCGAGUCAUAUGACUACCCGACUCAAAUUCAGGAAUCUAUCACAGAGCUCUCGACCACUAUUGGCCAUGGUAUCACCAAUUUCGCAGCUACAAACCUCAAAGGCACCAAUCUUCCUACACCCUCACCUAUUGCCCCGCAACUUGCCCAGCACAAGACUCUCCCUCAUGCUCUCGGUCGCGCGGCGACCAAUGCCGCUGCCGCCCUGCAGCGCACCCCUGGUGGCAAUGAAGAUAAACUCGGCAAAGCACUGACUGUGUAUGCGGAAGUUUUCGACAACAUCGCUUCGGCUCGCAUCGAGCAAGACGAAUCCAUUCAGACUCAAUACCUCCGCCCGUGGCAAACGACCCUUUCAACGUCUAUCAACGUCGCCAUGAAAGCACGCCAAGCUGUCCGCGUCAGCAGGCUUGAGUUGGAUGCCGCUAAGCAGACUCUGAAAGCUGCGACUCCCCUUAAGCAAGAGCAGGCCAGGCUUGAUGUCGAGAAUGCAGAGGAUGACCUCGUUCAGAAGACGGAGGUUGCCAUCACCCUUAUGAAGACAGUUCUUGAAAACCCAGAACCUUUAAAGAAUCUCAAUGAGCUUGUGAAAGCUCAGCUGCUUUACUUCGCUGCAGCUGCUGAAGCCCUCUCUUCCGCACAAGGGGAAAUUGAAGAGCUCAGUGUUGCCGCAGAGGGAGAAUAUAGGAAGUCCCGCGACCACUGAAGUACCCUUGCACUAGAUUCAUGACAUGUCGCUUGUAUAAUCUUCCGUUCGUGUCCCCGUAGUUUUAAUUACCGCUACUGCUGUCCUCAUAUGCACAAACUGGCUUCGGACAAUCGAGGUGUACCUGACCGUUAGUCACAUCUAGACACGUCUGAACCUUUCUUCAGUUUCCUGCCCCUUAUUAUUUCCAAGCAUGUAUACCCGUGUACAUACAACUGCAGCUGAGGUAUUUCUGGAGCAGGAGCGACAUCGAUGUGACCAAUUUGAUCAUGAAUGUUCACGAC